GAGAGGAGAAGGACUGAGGCUUCCGAUUAGAGUUGAUGCAGCCUGUUCUUCCCCUGCUGUUGCCACACGAAGGACGCAGAACUGGCCUGAUCCGCAGCCACAGGACCCCCACGGCAAGAAGUUGGCGUGUGUAUGAUGUAUGCCACUGGUUCCAGGGGAUGCCCCCCUGCUUUCCAACAACCUCAGAAUGGGAACAGCUACUGCUCAUCUGGUUACGUUCCAGGGAAGGUUGUUCCAUUGCGUCCACCUCCACCUCCAAAGAGCCAAGCUUCAGCCAAAUUUACCUCCAUGAGACAAGAAGCUCGGGCAACCUUCGCUUUCUCCCCUGAAGAGCAGCAAACCCAGAGAGACAGCCAGAAGCAGAGGAGACAUAAAAAUACUUUCAUUUGCUUUGCUAUUACUAGCUUUUCAUUUUUUGUUGCUCUUGCAGUCAUUUUAGGGAUUUCCUCCAAAUACGCUCCAGAUGAGAAUUGCCCAGAUCAAAAUCCCCAACUCAGGAACUGGGAUCCAGGACAAGAUGCUGCCAAGCAAGUUGUCAUCAAGCGGGGAGAUAUGUUCCGCCUGACCUCCGAUGCCACCGUGCGAUCAAUUGUCAUUCAGGAUGGAGGACUGCUCGUAUUUGGGGAUGAUAAAGAUGGAUCCAGAAAUAUUACUUUGAGGACUCGUUACAUCCUGAUGAAGGAUGGUGGGGCGCUUCAUAUUGGAGCAGAGAAAUGCCGCUACAAAUCCAAAGCAACGAUUACCUUGUACGGCAAGUCAGAGGAAGGGGAAAGUGUGCCAACAUUUGGCAGAAAAUUUAUUGGUGUGGAGGCUGGAGGGACACUGGAGGUGCACGGGGCCCAGAAGACAUCCUGGACCUUCUUAGCAAGGACUCUGCAUUUCUCAGGCUUGACGUUUGAGUCCUAUGCCUUCAAGAAGGACUUUUCGCGGGGCCUCAACGUGAGGGUCAUUGACCAAGACACGGCCAACAUUUUGGACAUCGAAAGGUUUGAUACUCAUGAAUACCAAAAUGAGAGCAAGCGCCUUCAGGAAUUUUUGCGAGUCCAGGAGCCAGGGCGGAUUGUUGCUAUAGCGGUUGGAGAUUCAGCAGCUAAAAACCUCUUGCAAGGAACUAUCCAGAUGAUCCAGGACAGGCUGGGGAGUAAGCUGAUCCAAGGGCUGAGCUACAGGCAGGCGUGGGCGCUAGUUGGCGUCAUUGAUGGUGGCAGUGCGUCUUGCAAUGAAUCUGUGAGGAACUAUGAAAAUCAUAGUAGUGGAGGGAAGGCUCUUGCCCAAGGAGAAUUUUAUACCUUGGAUGGCCAGAAGUUUGCUGUGACUGCUUACAGUGAAUGGAUUGAAGGUGUUUCUUUUUCUGGCUUCCAGGUGGAGGUUGUGGAUGGAGUGAUCCUGCAUUUGGUGGAUGAUGUUCGCAGCUGGAAACCUGGAGACCAGAUUGUGGUAGCGAGCACAGACUAUUCUAUGUACCAAGCUGAGGAGUUCACGCUACUCCCCUGUCCCGAGUGCAGCCGCUUCCAGGUCAAAGUCAAAGAAACACCGCAGUUCUUGCACAUGGGAGAGAUUGUAGACGGUGUGGACAUGAGAGCCGAGGUCGGAAGUCUGAGCCGGAAUGUUGUGAUCCAAGGAGAAAUGGAGGACUCGUGCUAUGCUGGAAACCAGUGCCAGUUCUUUGAUUUUGAUACGUUUGGGGGGCAUGUCAUGAUCAAGAAAAAUUUUACUUCGGUCCAUCUUUCUUAUGUGGAAUUGAAACACAUGGGUCAGCAGUCCCUGGGGCGGUAUCCUGUGCAUUUUCAUCUGUGUGGCGAUGUGGAUUCUAAGGGAGGGUACAGACACGCGACUUCUGUGGAUGGCCUGGCUAUUCAUCAUAGCUUCUCCAGAUGCAUCACGGUGCACGGGACGCAUGGAUUAUUGAUAAAAGACACCAUUGGGUUUGACACACUGGGCCAUUGUUUCUUUUUGGAGGAUGGUGUUGAACAGAGAAAUACUUUGUUCCACAACCUUGGGCUCCUCACCAAGCCCGGCACCCUUCUCCCCACGGACAGGAACAAUUCCAUGUGUGCCACCAUCCGGAAUAAAGUAUUUGGGAAUUAUGUCCCUGUGCCUGCCACGGACUGUAUGUCUUCUUCCUCGGAGCUGCUGGCCGAUCCCAACAGCCAGCUGAUUCAUAGCGUGGCUUCGUAAACUGAGCCCUCUUAUUAUUUUGCCUUCCACCUACAGGAUGCUGGAAUAUGGUAUUUGUUCCACAAGGAACCUACUGGAGAAUCCAGCGGAUUGCCGUUCUCAGCAAAACCAGAACUUACACCGCUUGGUAUAUUUUAUAACAACCGAGUCCAUUCAAGUUUUAAGGCUGGCUUAUUUAUUGACAAGGGUGUCAAAACAACCAACGCUAAUGCUGCGGACCCAAGAGAGUAUCUCUCAUUGGAUAACAGUGCCAGGUUUCGGCCUCACGAAGACGCAGACCCUGACAAGCCGCGCGUGGCCGCGCUCAUCGACAGACUCAUUGCGUUUAAAAAUAACGACAACGGCGCGUGGGUCCGCGGCGGCGACAUUGUCAUUCAGAACUCAGCAUUUGCAGAUAAUGGAAUAGGCCUGACUUUUGCCAGUGAUGGGAGCUUCCCCAGUGAUGAAGGGUCCAGCCAGGAGGUGGCGGAAUCGCUGUUUGUCGGCGAGAGCAGGAAUUACGGCUUUCACGGUGGUCAGAACAAGUAUACAGGCACCGGAGGGAUAGACCAUAAGCUCCGGACUUUACCUCGGAACAGGACAUUUCCCAUCCGAGGCUUCCAGAUAUAUGAUGGACCCAUUCAUCUCACCAGGAGCACUUUCAAAAGAUACGUGCCAACCGCAGAUAGGUACAGCAGUGCGAUUGGCUUCCUCAUGAAGAAUUCCUGGCAGAUGACUCCGAGGAAUAACAUCUCCCUUGUGAAAUUCAGCCCCCAUGUCUCUCUGAAUGUCUUCUUUGGAAAGCCUGGUCCCUGGUUUGAAGACUGUGAGCUCGAUGGCGACAAGAACUCCAUAUUCCAUGACAUCGAUGGCUCCGUGACAGGCUACAAGGAUGCUUACGUGGGAAGAAUGGACAACUACCUGAUCCGCCACCCAAGCUGUGUUAAUGCUACCAAGUGGAAUGCUGUGAUUUGCAGUGGGACAUAUGCCCAGGUCUAUGUGCAAACACGGAGUGCUCAGAAUCUAACUAUGACCAUCGCACGCGAUGAAUACCCAUCCCAUCCGAUGGUGCUCCGCGGCAUUAACCAGAAGGCUGUCUUCCCCCAGUACCAGCCGGUACUCAUGCUGGAGAAGGGCUAUACCAUCCACUGGAAUGGACCGGCGCCACGGACUGCUUUUCUAUACCUCGUAAACUUCAACAAGGAUGACUGGAUUCGAGUUGGCCUCUGCUAUCCAUCCAACACAAGUUUUCAAGUUACCUUUGGCUUUUUGCAGCGACACAAUGGCUCAUUGUCCAAGAUGGAGGACUAUGAGCCCGUCCGUUCACUGGAAGAACUGCAGAGGAAGCAAUCCGAGAGGAAAUUCUAUUUUGACUCCAGCACUGGAUUGCUCUUCUUAUAUCUCAAGGCCCAAAGCAGCAGGGAUGGUCACAGUUACUGCUCAUCUCAGGGAUGUGAAAGGGUCAAGAUCCAGGCGACAACGGAUUCAAAAGACAUCAGUAACUGCAUGGCCAAAGCAUAUCCACGCUAUUACCGAAAGCCAUCAGCCACCAAGCAGAUGCCAGCCAUGCUCUCUGGACCCUGUCCGGGUUGUGGCACCAGCCAGGUGGUGUUCACCAGUGAGCCGCAUAAAAGCUACCUCCCCUUGCAGUUUCAGUCACCCAGUGAGGCGGAUGCGCAGCACGGAAGCCCCACGGUGAUCUCUGUCAAUGGCACAGACUUCACCUUCCGAAGUGCAGGUGUCUUCCUCCUGAUCGUGGAUGCCUGCAGCGUUCCGUUCCGGUUGACGGGGAAAAAGACGUUCGCUCUUGCCGACGCCAGUCGCAUGAAAGAGUAUUUAGAAGGGAUCCCUCCCAGGUCAAUUGUUCUGCUGAGCACAAGGGGAGAAAUAAAGCAGUUGAAUAUCUCCGAGUCAUUGGUACCUCUGGGAUUAGUCAAACCAGCUCAUCUUUAUAACAAAGGGAGUACCGUAUUUUUGGGAUUCAGCGGAAACUUUAAACCUUCCUGGACUAAGCUAUUCACCAGUCCCGCUGGGGAGGGCCUUGGGCUGCUGGAACAGUUCGUGCCCCUGCAGCUGAGCGAGUACGGCUGUCAUGGAGUCCCCGCUGUCCACAGACAGGACCUGGAACUGCUGAAGCGAGCUGCGAAAGCACGCUGAGACAGACUCACUGUACCUGAAGGGCUGGGAAGGAACAAACAAUGUGAACUAACUUAUUUAAUUUAUGACGUGUAAAAUCGACACUGUUCACCCUAUGGAACCAUUUUCCUGCUUGAUACAGAGAGGGGGAAGGAACGAAACAAAACAGCACCCUUCAAAGGGAGUGCUCGCGUCCCAGCUCCGCACCUGGUAGUACAGAAUGUUCCAGGGGUCCUUGUUCCACCCUC